AUGCCUCAGCUUCCGCGCGUCGAAAAAGCAUGGCUGGAGGCAGCAAAAAAUGGCGACGUCGACCAGAUGAAGACGCUGCGAAAAUGGUAUCCGCAGUGGCUUAAUCUCAACACGGCGACGAACGAUUCCGACGGUUUCCUGCCCUCGCGGUCGCCUGGCUUCUGCAGUUGGGACGGUUUCCACUUGCGCACCGUCGGAGCAUCGGCCCUACACACGGCGACCUGGCAUAGUGACAAUAAGAUUGUCCAGUAUCUUCUUGAAGAGGGUCAGGACCCCGAUACAGAAGACGAAAGCGGCAUGACAGCAAUUGUGUUGGCAAUCAUGCACCACAAUUUACAAGCGACGCGCUGUGUCUACCGCGAACGCGUUGCAAUCCAGCGAAACUUGGCCAUGGACGUAAGAAGAUGA